CCCGCAUCAUCCGGCUCUGCCAACAUCCAGCCAGAACAUAGCAUCACAGCGAGGUACUCUGGAGUCGGGAGCCGAAGCGAAACGCAUCGCAAACCGCGACCAUGGUUUUCCGGCUGGCAAAUCGUCUUUCACACACAGCCCUCGGGCGCAAGAUCAAGCGGAAUCCAUUUGUAUUCUUCGGCAUUCCAUUUUUGCUGACCAUGGGGCUGGCGCCUUACGGCCUUCAGCAUCUCACCCAAGUUCGCUAUGACAUUCAUGACAGCAAAGUUCGGAUGCUCGAAAAGAAGGAAGAGCUGGGUAUCGACAAGAAAGCUGCUCCAGUGAACGUCCAGGAGAUUUACUGGAACCUUACCCACAAAAAGGACAUGGACGACUGGGACUUUGUGCGAGUCCCGCGACCCAAGGACUCGGGCGAGGAAUGACGAGCAUGCAAACCAGAAAGUGAGCACGGCCGGCACAAACAAGACGGCCUCGUCUGAAGUAGCGCCCGGUGCCUUCCUGGCCGAGCCGAUGCAAGCGAGGCCAAUAUUGGUACUCCGAAUGACACUAGUAGGGUAAUUUUAUCGCACAAAGAACAAAUAGACGGGCAAUGCUCCUCGGCACAUCGGAGUGAGAGGCGAGCUGCUUGGCAUUCAGGUCAUGUUGCUGUGGGAGCCUGGCGAGAUCAUAGCAUCGAGGCGCUCACAGAGUCACGGGAUCAUGUUUUGACUGCGCAUCGGGCUGUGCUGUGGCGCCAUGCGCAGUCGUGACUCACGUCGCACGACAUCCCCUUUAUAGAUAUAUUGGUGCUGC